UAAAGGCCAUUUUAGUGUGAUGCACAUUGAACGUUUUCACACGUGCUCAGCUGGGUGACUUUGGACAGACUGGGCAUGCUGGCAGUUCUCACUGAGAAAGAAGCAGGGUUUGAAACCCCAGAAACUCUUGCACCCUUCCCCCUGGCUAUUAGUCAUCCUUUCCUUCUCCCGGCGAGACUGUAAUUUUGAUGUCCAGGACCACAGUGUCUUGUUUACUCCCCAGCAAACAAUGUGUGCUUCAUUGUGUUUGGCUGCUUGUGCUCAGCACUGAGCUCUUUCGCCUAGUCGUCACACAGUUUGUAGCCUGAGAUGGGCAUCUCCACACUGACUUGGAUGUUUUUCUCCCUGCGGUCAAGUUUUCAGGAAGCAGGGGGGGUGGCAAAGACAAGCUGCCUACGUUUGGGCUGGUGGACAUGUUUGUUUUAAUGUAGCUGAAGUAAACAGCGUCUUCGGUGUCUGUCAUGGGCUGCCUUACAUCAGUGCAGUGCUUCAGCCACGCCCCAACUUCAUUUUGCUCUGGAGACUGGAGUCCAGCAUUCCUGCCCAGCAGUGGCUCGCUUUGCAUUCUUGGAAUUCCUCAGAUAACAAGUUGUGCUAGUACAACCGUAUAAAUAAUUCCUGAAGUCUCAGUGUAAUAUGGACAUUAGCAGUGAUGACACAUAAUACAGAUGCUUGGGAAUUAAGUACUAGUCGGCACACCUCAAAAGAGAGGCGGUUAAGAGGUUCUAGUAGUCUCCGAGGUUGAAGCUGAGAGCCUGAAGCUUAAGCUGUAUUGUAGAUCAUAGCUUCAUUUCCUUGCGGAUACAAGGAGAAGAAAGACUAUUCCACAAUGGUAGACCUUUGGUUACACAGGUUCCCCAAUGAGUGGAUCAUGAUGACCGUAUGGUAGGGACUUGCCAUAGUAUGGCUGCUUCCCGAUCUACUCGUGUUACAAGAUCAACAGUGGGGUUAAACGGCUUGGAUGAAUCUUUUUGUGGUAGAACUUUAAGGAACCGUAGCAUUGCUCACCCAGAAGAGAUCUCUUCUCAUUCCCAAGUACGGUCAAGAUCACCAAAGAAGAGGCCAGAACCUGUGCCAGUUCAGAAAGGAAACAGUAACGGCAGAACUUCUGAUGUAAAACAGCAGAGUGCGCGAGAGGCGUGGGUAAGCCCUAGGAAAAGAAGACUUUCCUCCUCCGAGAAGGAUGACCUAGAAAGGCAGGCCCUAGAGAGCUCUGAAAGAAGGCAGGCAGAGCCAGCCCUGCCCGUCCUGAAGACCAUCAAACGCUGCCUUAGAGCCGAAGCCACAAACAGUUCAGAAGAAGACUCUCCUGUGAACCCAGACAAGGAGUCGGUAGAACACAGGAGAACAGUAGUGGACCAUGAUGCAGAGUUCCCAGGGACUAAACGAGCUUGUCGAUGUCUUAUAUUGGAUGAUUGUGAGGAAAGGGAAAUUAAAAAGGUGAAUGUCAGUGAGGAAGGCCCACUUGAUGCUGCAUUAGUAGAAGAGAUCACAGGCUACUUGACUGUCAAUGGUGACAGUGACUCAGCUGUUGUAAACUGUGAUGACUGUCAGCCUGAUGGGAACACUAAACAAAAUAGCACUGGUUCCUACGCGUUGCAGGAAAAAUCAGUAGCUGGAAAUGGGGAUUCAGAAACCCAGACUCCAAUGUUCUUUGGUAGUAGGAAGGAGGACAGUUGUAUAGACCACCUUGUGCCUUGCACAAAGUCGGAAGUGCAGGUCAAGUUGGAGGACCACAAACUAGUAACUGCCUGCCGACCCGUGGAACGUCGUAACCAGCUGACUGCUGAGCCCGCUUCAGGCCCUGUCUCUGAAACUCAGUCAUCCUUCAGAGAUUCUGAGGAGGAAGUAGAUGUGGUGGGAGAUAGCAGUGUCUCGAGAGAGCAGUGUGACGAGAGCAGCAGUGACCCUCUGGACUCAGGUACUGGAAGCAUGCCAGUCUCUGCGGAGCCAGAGCCCUCCUCUGCGCUGGACUGUGCCUCGCCUCAGAUGACAUCUUUAGCUGAACCUCAAGAACACAGAUACACCCUGAGAACUUCGCCCCGAAGGGCAGCUUCCAGCAGAGGUAGUCCCACUAAAAACACAUCUCCUUACAGAGAGAACGGACAAUUUGAGGAGAGUAAUCUGAGUCCUAUUGAAACAAAUACAACCGCUAGUGAUAACGUAAGUGAGCCUCCCACAAAUCCUGUUGAAAUUUCUCAAAAUGCAAAGGUUCUGUGUUGUGACUCUCAAAGCUGUGGAAGUGAAGGACUGAGUAAGUCACCCUCAGAGGCCAGAGUGAAUAUGGGACAUUUGCCAUCUGCCAAAGAGAGUGCCAGUCAGCACACUGCGGAAGACGAGGACGAUGACCCUGAUGUGUAUUACUUUGAAUCAGACCAUGUGGCCCUCAAACACAACAAAGAUUACCAGCGACUGCUGCAGACCAUUGCUGUCCUUGAGGCCCAGCGUUCUCAAGCAGUCCAAGACCUAGAGAGUUUAGGCAAACACCAGCGAGAAGCACUAAAGAAUCCUAUUGGAUUUGUGGAAAAACUCCAGAAGAAGGCCGAUAUAGGACUUCCAUACCCACAGAGAGUUGUUCAGUUGCCUGAGAUUGUGUGGGACCAGUAUACCAAUAGCCUUGGGAACUUCGAAAGAGAGUUUAAAAAUCGCAAAAGACAUUCUAGGAGAGUUAAGUUAGUUUUUGAUAAAGUAGGCCUGCCUGCUAGACCAAAAAGCCCUUUAGAUCUUAAGAAGGAUGGAGAGUCCCUUUCUUACUCCGUGUUGCCUUUGAGUGACGGUCCAGAAGGGUCCCAUAGUCGCCCUCAGAUGAUAAGAGGUCGCCUGUGUGAUGACACCAAACCUGAAACAUUCAACCAGCUGUGGACUGUUGAAGAACAGAAAAAACUUGAACAGCUACUCUUGAAAUACCCUCCUGAAGAAGUAGAGUCUCGGCGGUGGCAGAAGAUUGCAGAUGAGCUGGGCAACAGGACAGCCAAACAGGUUGCCAGUCGUGUACAGAAGUAUUUCAUAAAGCUAACUAAAGCCGGUAUUCCAGUUCCAGGCCGAACACCUAACUUAUAUAUAUACUCCAAAAAGUCUUCGGCGAGCAGGCGGCAGCACCCUCUCAACAAGCACCUCUUCAAACCCUCCACUUUCAUGACUUCCCAUGAGCCGCCCGUGUACAUGGAUGAAGACGAUGACCGCUCCUGCUUUCAUGGCCACACGGGCACUGCUGUGGAGGAGGCUUCGGACGAGGAAAGCAUUCCUGUCAUGUAUAGGAGUUUACCUGAAUAUAAAGAACUCUUACAGUUUAAAAAGUUAAAGAAGCAGAAACUUCAGCAAAUGCAGGCAGAAAGUGGCUUUGUGCAACAUGUGGGCUUUAAGUGUGAUAACUGUGGUGUAGAACCUAUCCAGGGUGUCCGGUGGCACUGUCAGGACUGUCCUCCAGAAAUGUCUUUGGAUUUCUGUGACUCUUGUUCAGACUGCCCGCAUGAAACAGAUAUUCACAAGGAAGAUCACCAGUUAGAACCUGUCUAUAAGUCUGAGACAUUCUUAGACAGAGACUACUGUGUGUCCCAGGGCACUAGUUAUAGUUAUCUUGAUCCCAACUACUUCCCAGCCAACAGAUGACAUGGAAGAGAGUGUCGGCAUUAGUUCUCGUCAACACACAGCAAUGGCAUCAUUGUUGAUGGCGUGCGGUUCGGACACUCACAGCAUGAGAGCUCCCGAGUGUUCUCGCCAAGCACAGCUCUGCACCGAGUAGCUGUAGAUGAGCAGUGAACGUUUCCUGGUGAGCUGAGAGUUUCCCUGCUGAAAUUUUCACCACCACCAGAGAGCCUUGUAGGUGGUGAUCUUAGUGGGCGAGAUGGGAACGAGAGCGCGCGUUAAUGCGAGAGUAAAUUCCAAAGGUUUCAAAGACCUCAGUCAUAAAUAUGAUGAUGAAAGACAAAGUAUUUAUAUUAAAUCAGUUUAGUAGCUUUCAGUUUUGUGAAAAUAGUAUUCGGAGCAGAGACUGACUGACGUACAGACGAAGUUUUAACCAAUGAUGGUGUUUGCUUCUAGGAUGUGUACUCUAAAAGAACUCACUGUCCGGUGGUCACUGAUGGCCUUUAGUAGCCUGGAGCUGCUUAACGGUUUGAUGUUUAAUCACGAUGAACUGUCCUUCCCAGGAGCAAAGCAUGAGCUAGCUGUGCUUUGCUUCCGUAACCAGCUCAUGGGGCGUGACUGUCAUAAAGUUGUCACGCAGAUAUAUUUUUAAAUGUCAUGUUAUAUAAGAUGAUCAUGUGGUGUGUACAGACUAUGGUGAAAAGUGCCAGUGUAGUAACUGUGUGAAGUCUGGUUCACAACAUUAACCCUUAAAAUACACAGCCUUCUGCCUCUGGAUCUGGAGUUGUCAGUACAACUCAAAGUCAAAGAAAACUGCCUAAUAUAAAAUCAUAUAUAUGGUGAUAAUUUUCCCUCUUUUGUAGUCUGCACAAGAUCCAUAAAAGAUUGUAUUUUUAUUACUAUUUAAUGAGUGAUUAAGUGUAGUCUGCAGAGUGAGCAAGAGUUCACAGCAUUCUUUUAUACUGCUGGGCUUUGUUGUGCAUCAUUUAAAACAUUUUGUAUGUUUCUUAUCUGUGUAUACAGUAUGUUCUUGAAUAAUGUUCAUUUGUCGGGAGAACUGUGAGAAAUAAACUAUGUGGAUAUGUUUGUUUAUAUUA